AUGGCUUCGCUAAAAGAUUGGGACGUGCUUCGCCUAUCGACACUAAUCACAAACGUGAAUGCGAAACUAUCGGCAAGUAUCAGAAUCGACCAGGAGUAUCAGCUAUUGUGUCUCGUGCGACAGAAUGAUCAGAUAUUGUUCCGGUACAUUGAUCGCCACGGCGAAGUGCAUCUGAUGCUGCUGUGUUGGUUCGCAGAGAAUCAGAAGAAAAUCCAGGACGUGUGCUUCGAUAAUGCUGGUACACGUUUGUUGGUGUUUUGCUAUGACAACACGCUGCACAUUGUUCCAGCGCUGGCAAUUUGUGAUAAAUCCUUCGAAGAUGGUAAACGAGCCCCCGAGAUUACCUCUUUCAUUGUUCCCUUCAUAGGGCCGCAUGAGUGCCCAAAUCCCCAAACCUGUCCCAACAAUUCGCACAACAAUCAUCCACAACCAGUCUCGUCGCACCGUUCGUCAGUUGCUUCCGAGGCCAGCCUUAAGGGUACGGGAGCGAGCGGAGGCAGCCCUGCGUCGGAACCGAACGUUAUCUUUGAUGCACCGACGAUUAAAAAGUCUAGCUCCACCUACACGACGCACAAGAUCGAUGAAAUCUUCUCACUCAACAGUAUCUACCGAAAAUUAUUUCUUGAGCAACUGGAAAGGGCCCGCCAGGAAGAGAAUGCAAAUCGUAGCAUAUCGGCCACCGGAACCGACACACCAAUCGCAAUGCAAACGAUCGAAGAUUUCUUCGCCGAAGGGUGUCAGCUGAAGGAAGGUAUGGGCUUGACCGGGGACACAGCAUCCAAGUCGUCCACGCCGCAAGAAACGUUCUCCAUUAGUUCCAGUUUGGAAUCGACGGCAUCAUUAUCCUGUCCGUAUCCCACGUGCUGCAGCUGGUGGAAGACGCUGGCCAAUGAACCGCGAGCUAUUUUAGGUUAUUCGGAUGGUUCGAUAUGUGUUGUGGGUCUUAUGCCAAAUUGUUCCUUCCUCGGGGACACCAACUGUGAGCGAGGAUCGAUCGAAAAGCUUAUUAUCUGCCAGGAUAACAGCAUGGAAACGAUCAGUCUGAUGAUAAAUACCUCUACCAAAGAGCAAUGGAAGCUGCUUCUGGAGCAAAAAUCCAUUAAGUAUACUUUUCCCGGUGUCAUCACUCCGACGUCGGUGCAAGAUCUGAAAUCAGAGCUGCUGAAAUCACUGUCAACCGACGGUACCGAAAGCGAUGAUCGUUCCGUACCGAUAGAAGACUGGCAAAUUGUGCUAUCAUUACCAAAAGACGGUGAAUCCGCUAGUGGAAGUCAGCAACGUCAACCCGGUUCAAGUUUGCCGCAAAACAACGAUGGCGAUAGCAAUGAUUCGAGCCCUAACAGCUCGGAACCACCUUCGGGUGACGAUUUCGAAAAGGUAGAAAACGAAUCCGUCGCGGACGGAAGCGACAAGGCAGGUCAACAGCAGGGCGCCCUACCCAAACUGUUCCCGGCGGCUAAAGCCCGGCUGCUGUCGUUGCGCGAUCUGGGCGCGAAGAAAAUUGGCACGCUGAAGCUUAAACUGUCGGAAAGUCGAAUCCGUGCGAAGGAACGCGAAAAGUACAAGGAACAGGCGGCUAAUCUGGCUGUGAUGGAACUGCCCGGAAUGUAUCCGGAAAUACUCACAACCCCUGCCGGCCCGUACUUCGUGGUGCAGCAUUUGGAUGGGAAAUACUUGCUCAGUGCGCUCCAUUCCUACUCGGACACACUGUCCGUGCACAGUAUGGACAUAAGCUUGAUACCGCUUCACAUCUACAAGCUGCCAAAGCAGUGCCAUACAACGUUGCUGACCAAGAAUGUGCUGUACGUACUGCACAGCUUGCCGACGGAAGAAUUAAUCGACACACCGCCGGAGGAACCUUCGGAAACGAAAUUGGAUGGAAAUAAUUCGCCGGAUGAGACUAGCAGCAGCAUUACUGAUACGGGCGCACCGAAUACAGUCAGCGUUGUCAGUUGCAAGAUAGCUGCAAUGAAGAUGGGCGACGAUUGCGAUUUCAACGAGCACUCGCUGUUGGGUGUGUUCCAUUUUCGGGAUGAGCGUGUUCUUGACAUUCAUCGUAUGUCCGCUUGUGGUCAGAAAGUGGAUAGUGCCAUGCAUCCAACGGCGACAUCCGGUUCCGAAGCUGAUCAGCAACAGCCAACUGGUUCGAACGCCGUGGACACGAACGAAGGCCGAUCGAUCUUUCAAAAGUCGGCCGUUUCGAACUAUCUCCGAAUUCAACGUGGAUUACGUAUGGAGCGCAAGCUGGAUAUGUCGGAGCAGCAGGUGAUGGCAGAAGAAUUUCCGACCAUUGAGUUCGAUCAAGCGCUGAUCGUUACCGAUCGGAACCUGUACUCGGUUGAGCUGGCGGAAUGUGGGAAAAAUUUGUUCCUUAAUCUCGCGCACAAGAGUAUUUGGGCUGCUUGUGAAGAUUUCUGUGCUACGUUCGGUCUUCCGUUGGCAAGCUGUAUCGAGUACGCCGGGGAUGUUCUGUUGCGAAGGAAACGCAUCUCCGAAGCGCUGAUGACGUACAACGUGGCCCGACUGUCGCCGAUGAAGACGGCCUUGAAGCUGGCACUGGCAAAUGAAAGCAAAGCGCUGAUGAAACUGUCCGCUAUGGCGUUGCGCAACUCGCACAUUAUCAAUAGUCAGUUCCUGAUGCACGACGUCAUGCGACAGCUGGUCGAUGAGGCACACCUCGGGAACGUAGUAUAUGAUUCUUUGAUGAAUCUCAAUUCUCGAACAACUCUGAAACCCAUCAACACCGGAGCACAGUGCAGUGACUUUUCGUACGAUAACGACGACGUGAUGUUGGAUGUGCAGAUUUCACCUUCCGACCAAUUCCAUCUGUCGAAUCUGAUGUUCCUGACGCUUUGUGAGCGCUGUACGGUGGAUAAGAAUUACAUCCCGCUGUGGAACUAUAUCGUCACGAACAGCAAAUAUCAUACGAGCUUAGCGUGCAUAAUGCUAGCCCACGGGAAACUCUACUCGACAGCGGUGCUGCUUGCGAUGACGCGCGGAACCUGUCUGGACGUUUUCAGCUGUCUCGUAGGCACUUGGGAGCAAACGAUUGCCGAAACGCCGGCAGCAACACCGGCCGAAACGAACGCGUUUGUGUACAACCUGUCGAACGAGCUGUUCAUGGAGUGUUUGAUCUAUCUGCAAGACUAUACGAUCAACUACUUCCAGCUCAUACGCAAAUAUCUCGACGUGUUCGACAUCAACGUACUGGAACGUUUGAUCCACCAGCUGAACCCGUUCCAUCCCGUGUAUCGUACACUGAUGCAUCGACUAUCGAACCACGAAAGUACUGCGAAGGAACCGUCCGGGCGACAUUUGCUGUUCUUCUGCAAGGCGCUGAUCGAAACGUUUCUUGCCGUAGCGAUACGGGCCCAACAGUUGAAAAUGCACCACGAUGGAUCGUUCCUGAAUGCGCUCAAGCACGUACGGGUGCAUCAUGAGGAGCGUGCGAUCGAGAUGCGUUUGGCACGGUUUUCACCGAUCGCUACCGGGUUCUUUCAUUCGGCGGCAGUCGUUAACCAUGCGGCUUAUAUUUGGGGCUCGAACGGCGUUAACUGUGCGCUUAGUCGUACCGCUCUGCAAGGGGAUGCGAUUGGACCGAAUGGACAACCACCGGCCCUUAGCUUCUUGCGUCAGAUCGAGCUUGAUGUGCUUGCUGUACAGUGUGGUCGGCUUCAUACUCUGUUUCUCACCAGCAAUGGGCUGUAUGCAAUGGGAGCCAACAAUCUGGGUCAGCUCGGGAUCGGCAAACAUGUGAUUAACGCACUGCAGCCAAUGCUCGUGAAUACACUGGAUGGAAAAGGGAUUACCCAUUUCGCUGCCGGGCAGUAUCAUAAUGCGGUUGUGGCUAAUGGAUUAUUGUAUACUUGGGGAUGGGGCGUAUUUGGGCAGCUUGGACAUGGCACGGUGAACGAUUGCAACAAACCAAAGAUUGUGGAUUUUUUCCGAAAUAAGAAAAUUCUACAAAUUGCGCUAGGUCAUGCCCACACUAUGGUGUUGUGCCGUGGCCAGCAAGAAACUCACAGCAGCCUGUACGUGUUCGGUUCCAACCAUUAUGGACAGUUGGGUUUGGGACAGGAAGAUCCAUUUGGCAUAACCGUUGACACGCGCAAUGGCAAAUCAUUCUUGAUCUCCCUUACUCCACGCAAAGUUCUGCUAGACGAAGAGAUAUCAGUUAUCAACACCAAACUUUUUGUGAAUCUCGUCUUGACAACCACAAACAGGCUGUACACCUGGGGAUCUUCACCGCAAGCGUUACGUUUGGCCACGCAGGCAAGAAAGCGGGCAAAAUCCUCCAACACUAGCAAGAGCGGUAGCUACUCAAAGUUCAGCUCCAUUUUAAGGUCGGCAUCAAAGUUCCACUCAACGGAAGCAGCUUCAAACGAGCCGGAAUCUUCCUCGGUGGAACACAAAGCACAACAACCGACAGAGGACGAUUCGGGCAAGGAAAACGAUUCCACUGUAACUGGUGGAGAAUCAAGUGAAAAAGAGGAAGCAGUCGUUGCAGAACAGCAAAUCGACGUCCAGCAGUCCGACGAUGACACUGUUGCAGGACAAUCAGACAGCAGUAUUAUUAUACCGGAGAUAAAGAUAACGGACGAUAGUCCGGCGACCAAUGAAAAGCUCGCAUCGGCAAAUGAGUCGGAUGAUAAAGCGGCUGUCAACUCUGGUGAGGAAGCAAUGGAGCAUCUUUUCCCGUCAUUUGUCGAUACUUCGCUGGUGGAGGGAAGAAUUGUUAAGAUUUCGAGCGGAUUGUAUCAUUUUGCGAUCGUAACAGAGGACGGGUCCAUUUACACCUGGGGCAAAAACAUAGAACGUCAGCUGGGUCGUGAAGGUGGUCGCAAUGAGGUGCUUAUACCGACCCGCCUGGAGAUGGUGGACAAUGUGGAGCACGUAGAGUGUGGUGCCGAUUUUACUCUCAUCAUGACGAAGGAACAUCUAGUGAAGGCUUGGGGCAAUAACAAUAUGGGCCAGUGCGCCAAAGAGAUUAAUCUCGAUCGUACCGGAAUUCCGGGCAAGUUGGUGCGGUUGCCGAUCUCGAACCGUGUCGUUCGGAUCCCGGACAGCUCCCAGUUUAUCGAGGCACCGUACGAGGUGAAGCUGCCGGCAAACGAUGGGCUCGGAUAUGACGAAUCGCUACGGUUCCUGAAAUCGAUGCCGAAGUUUAGGCGUUCGUUCGUGAUAAAGAGUGUCCUGGAGAAGCAGAUCAGCAAUAAUAUUUCGACAAUAAGCUCAAGUCUGAACGAUGUUAGUAAUGCCGAGGUGGACGAUGUGGUUGGUGAGCUACCGGACGCGUUGGGCGAAGGAAAGGCGUUCUCAUUGCAGCUGCAGCAGCAUCACGCUAACAGUGCCAUGUCUUCGUUGCAAUCGGUUUCGUACGCUACAUCACCGACUUCGCUGGCUUUGGAUGAGGAGGAGGAUGAAGAGGAUGUGGAUGAGGAUGAAGAAGAGGAUGGUGAGGUGGACAUGGUUGAGGAAUCGGAGGGAAGAGGAACUAACGGUGGAGCGGAUCGCUCGAUGGACACGUCGCGUCUGUUUAACGAGCGCCAUUUGCUGGGCAAUGAUUUCAUUCACUAUUGCCUGUACAUCUUUCACGGUUUGUACAGCCAGGACGAUGUGCUGGAGUUGACCAAACGUGGGUCCGAGUAUCAUAUCCGCAUGCUGAUGCUGAACUACGAUUACGUGGAAGCGUUCCGGCUAAUACUGGAGAUGCGCUCGUCGUCACUGUCGUCAUCCGCGUCGACAGCGGCGAUAGCCUGCCAAAUGCAAAACAUGGUCAAAAUCUUCGAGUACUUCACGAAAGACUCCAACAUUAUACCGAUGGAGAUGGGCAACAUCAAGUACUUCAUCUACGAACUGUUUAUGUUCUUCAUUCGGCACAAUUUAAACGUGGAUGUGCUGGAGGAAUUCUUUCUGCGCAAUCUCGAUUGCUACCUGGUGCAGCUGGCAUCCGUGCUGUACUUUAACAAUUUGAACAAUCUGCUAACGUCGUCACGAUUAGCCGCGACCGGUGGUGCCGGAAUCGAUACGGAGGUGCUGGCACUGGAGCGUAAGCUGCUGGACAAGUUCAACAACAACAAUGGCAAUCCAUUGCUGACCGGGGAACUUUUUGGGCAUGGGGCAAGAACAUCCGGCGGCCAGGUGAUGCGUAAGCUCGAAAACACGGACACUAUAUGUAAGGUCUUGAGCACCACCUUCAAUGUUACCGUUUGCCAGAAACUGCUGGAACACUUUGACCGCUUCAAAUGA